AUGAAUAAUUCUAUUUCAAUAGGUGAGAAGGCUAGAGAAAUUUUUUCACAAGCUGGAUUACCUCAAAAUGAUUUAAUGCAAAUAUGGAAUUUGUCUGAUCCCAAUAACAAUGGGAAGUUGAAUCAGGAUGAAUUUGCUGUUGCCAUGCAUUUAAUUUAUAGAAAAUUAAACGGAUAUGAUAUACCUUCUACACUUCCUCCUGAACUUAUUCCUCCUUCUUCAAGAGAAUUAUCAGAAAGUGUCAAUAUGAUCAAAAAUAUGCUCAAAUCUGAUGUUUAUAGUUCAAGUAUUGGAUUAGGUACGCAUACAUCAGGUGCCAAUUAUGCAAAGUCAAGAAGUUUUACUUCUAUACCUACAAUUGGUGUAAAUGAUGCAGUGGUAUAUAAGCAUAAGGAUGAAGACGUUGGUUAUGUUUCUUCAUCGAGACACCGAAUUCCUACCAUUACUCGUAGUCAAUCUGCUACUUCCUUUUCUUUAUCAAGAUCAUCAUCCAUAUCUGAACCUAAUGAAGAAGAUAAAUAUAAAUCUUCAAAAGUAUCAGACUUAAAAAAGCAAAUUCACGAAAAACAGAUUUUGUUGGAAGCUUUAUCAUAUGAAGCGGCACCAACAUCUUACCCCAGCGAUUAUACUGAUGAUAAUGAAUGGAAAGAGAAAAUUAAAGAUAUUCAAAGAAAAAUCAUUGAAAAGGAACGUUCAAAUCCAGAAUGGCUUAAUAGGGAAUUCACUCGAAAUUCUGAAGAUUUAAAUUCUUUACUUGAGCAACACAAAAAUUUAGAUUUUGAAUUGAACAAUAUGCUUGUAGCAACUGUUCCUGAUUUAAUUAGUAAGGUUCGUGAAACGGAUAAUAAAAUUGCAGAUGCUAAAUUGGAACUUUUUAAAUUAAGAGAAGGCAGCGGUGGGGAAUCCAAUUCAAACAUUAUUGGUACUGGGCCUGGUGGAAUAGUUACAGAAACUGAUAGAAUUAAAGCGAAAGCUCAAGCUAUGCUUCAAGCUCGUAUGGCCGCAAUUACCGGAAAACCUGCCAAUUUGGGUGGUGGCGGUGGUUCAGAUCCUAGAAAGCUUGAAGAAGAGACGAAUAGGAUUAAUUCUGAAAAAGCUGAGCGUGAAUAUAAAAUUGCCGAAAUUGAAAGAAGUAUUUCAAAAUUACAAGAUUCGGUGAUAAUGAUUUCAAGAGAUAGAGAAGAAAUUGAAGAUCAAUAUCGUAAACUUGAACGUAACAAAAGAGAUCGGGAAGUUGAAAUUCGAAAAUGGGAGGAUGGCAUCGGUGUGAAAGAUGAAAUUGGAAGAUUCAUUCAGGAUCUUAAAAGGGAUAGUUUUGGCUCUUCGACUAUAUCUCGUUAUGAUUCUUCAUCUCGUAGUGUCACAUAUAACAAACCAUCUUCCACUCCAUCUACAACAAGUGCCGUAUAUACCUCUGCAAUUAGUGCAACCCCUGGUUCAACAUCUAAGGCUAAGUCGCCUGAAGAACGUGCCGCCUUUAUUAAAGCAGAAAGUGAGCGUAGAGUGGCAGAAAAAUUAAAAGCUUUGGGUAUUAAAUCUACUAGCUAUUCGAAAUCAGCACCAUCAUCGGCUCCUGAUUCACCUACUUUAUCGGAUCGUUUGGCGCGUGAAAAGGCUGAAGCAUCCGAAAGAAAAGCUCGUGCAGAACGUGAAACAGAGGAACGAGAACGUAUUAGAUCCGAAAAACUUUUAGCGGAGAAGCAAAGAAAAGCAGAGCUAGAUGCUGAAAAAUUACGUAAAAUGAAAGAAUUUGAAAUUAGAGAAGAGGAAAGAAGAAAUCAAUGGUUAGAAGAAGCGAAAGAAAUCGAAAAGUCUAAAGGUAGGAAAGCCCGUGAAAAAGAAGAGGCUGCACGCGCAAGAGGAUUGGAAUUAGAACGUAAAAAACUUGAAACAGCCGAAAGAGAAAAAAAACUUGAAGAGGAAAGAUUAGCACGUAUCAAGAGAGAAGCUGAAGAACGUGCCGCAGAAGAAGAGCGUAUAAGGAAGGAGCAAGAAGCAUUAAUAGAAAAUGCUAAAGCAGCCAGAGAAAAGGCAAGGAAAAUGGAGGAAGAAGCAAAGCAGCGUGAAGAGGUUUCUAAACGUGAAACUGAAAGAUUAAGACAAAAAAGGGAAGAUUCUAUGUGGUCGGUGAAAUCUUCUGAUAGUGAUUCACAAACAUCAUCGGUUGUAGAAUCUGUUAACAAUAAUCCAUUUUUGAAAUUUAGUUCUCAAGAACAAAAAAGUAGCAACAUCGAUGAUAAUAAUAAUACUAUAGAGAGUACUAAUCCGUUUUUUAAGUUCACUUCUGGUACAACUACAAAACCUGAUGUACAAUUAUCACCAAAACAAAAACCAGAUGAUUAUGAUGAUUGGAAUGUUGUUAAUAAAGAAGAAGAAAGUAGUGAUGAUGAUUUUCAUUCUGAAAAUACAAGAGAUCUUGCAUCCAAAUUUUCAAAUGCCAUUCCAUCUCCACCACCAUUUCCUUCUAGUUCAAAUGCCAUUCCACCUACACCACCAUUUCCUUCUAGUUCAAAUGCCAUUCCACCUCCACCACCAUUUCCUUCUAGUUCAAAUACCAUUCCACCUCCACACCAAUUACCUACUACUUCGACUUCAGUUCCAUCGCCAUCACUGCAACAACCAUUAUCACCUAACAAUCAAUCACGAACAACUUUGCCUUCUCCCUCUAAUACACGAAACGCUUUAUUAAGCCAAAUCCAACAAGGAACGAGGUUGAAGCCCACGAAGACUAACGAUAGGUCUGUGCCCUUAAGUUCAGGUAGAACUAGUUCUCCUACACAAAGCUCAUCUAGUGGCGUAUCUCAACCGGCUGAUGAUAAGGCUGGUAUGGCUGGUAUUGCUGCCCUAUUAGCAUCUGGAUUACCAAAUCUAAAGAGUCGUGGUGGAGUUGAAACUGGGCGUUCAGCCACAGAAGGGUCCGCUACGCGUCAAAAAACCAUGGGAAGAAUCGACCGAAGAGUGUCAGCAGAUUGGUUUGGUAAUUUAUCAUCAGAUCAACUUGCUGGUGAAGUGACCCCCAAACCACAAUCAUCCAGUAGCGAAGAAGAUAUUUUUCAAGUUACAUCGCCGACUUCAACAUCAGGAGUUAAUGAUAUUGAUUAUUCACAAGAAUUUCGGGUCAAAUCACUUCAUCCUUAUCUUGGUACCGGUGCUCCAGAUGAACUUAAAUUUGAGGCCGGAAUUGUUUUUAUCGCUCAUCCAUCUAAAGAUCCAGGUAACGCAGAAUGGUGGCAUGGUUCAAUCGAACAAACUGGGUUAAAAGGAUGGUUUCCCAAAAAUCAUGUUGAGAUCUAUAAAGAAGAAAAAGAAAUUUGUAAAGCUAAAGUAUUGUUUGAUUAUAAAGCUCAAACCAUUGAACAACUUGAUAUUAAGACUGGUAACAUUAUUUCCAUUCUCGACAAGUCUUUUGGUGACUGGUGGAAAGCAGAGUUUGAAGGCUCUAAGGGAAUUGUUCCUGCGAAUUAUGUCGAAGAAAUUACUAGUAGUAGCGAUGAUACGAGUGAAGAUGAUUCAAAUCAGGUUAAAGAGGAAACCAUUUCUAAAAAUCAUGAUAUUAAUUCAAAAACGAAUAUUAUCUAUAAUUCUAUACAAGAAGACUCAUCAUCUAACACUGUUAAAAAGGUUUCGCCUAUCGACAUUCCGAGAGUCAAUAUUCAAAGUGUAAAUUCACCAACUACGAAUUCGUUUGCUAAAAAAUCGCUGCUUAAACUUAAUGUUAGUAAUUUAACUAGAAAACCAAGUCUUGAAAUUACUAGGAGCCCAAGUCCUACGAGAUUAUUUGGGUCGAGUCCAAUUACAUUUAUUCCUUGGAUGCAAUUAGGCGAAGCUCAUAAAAAUCAAAAUACUUCAUAUUUAGCAGUUUCUCCACCUAAUCCAUUACGAAGAUCAGAAAGUCCUGUGUCUCCCGGACAAGGACCUUCUGCCAUAACAUGGGCAAGUAUUAUGGAUCCUGAAAAGCUUACAGGAGUAUCAAAAGAGGAACGUAAAAGACAAGAAUCAAUUUAUGAAUUAAUAUCAACAGAGCAAAGUUACAUUCGAGACCUUCAGAUGAUAGUUGAAAUAUUUUAUGGACCUUUACAAACGAUACUAUCAUCAGAAGAAUUAAAUACUAUAUUUUCAAAUAUUGAGGAUAUAUUACUUUGCAAUACGGAAAUACUAAGCGACUUGGAACAAAGACAAAAAGAGGAUGAAUUUUUUGUUGAUAGCGUUGGGGAUAUACUCUUAAAACAUUACGAAUGUUUAAAAUGUUAUAAAACAUAUUGUGGUAAUCAAUUAAAUGCAAGUAAAUUUUUACAAAAAAAACGGAAUGAAGAUAAAAGAUUUGAAGAAUUUCUAAAGAAAGCUCAACAAAAUCCUCAAUGCGGGUCAUUGGAUUUAUCAAGCUUUUUGUUGAAACCUAUGCAAAGGAUAACAAGAUAUCCCUUAUUGAUACGUCAGAUAUUACAUUACACUGACAAAAAUAAUUUAGAUCACGAAGAUAUGAUGCAAGCUUUACAUAAAGCCGAAGCCAUUUUAGAGGAUACUAAUGAAGCAGCGCGGGAACAAGAAAAUCAGCUUAAACUAACGGAAAUUUCAAAAUUAGUGGAUCUUGAAGACCUAGAUGAGAAAUUGGAUUUGAUGAGUACAACUCGAUUGGUUGGAAAAAGACAAUUUAUUCUUGAAGGACCUCUUAGAAAGGCGAAAAGUGGUAGACAUUUAUAUGGAUAUUUGUUCAAUGACUUGUUGAUACUCGCACAACAUAAUAAAAAAGCCGUGGCACGAGGAUAUCAAUAUGCAUUAUACAAACCACCAAUACCAUUGAACGAAAUAUUUGUAAAAGAUGGUCACGAUGAAAUAUUUCAGGUUGUUCAUAUUGAGGAUAUUAUCAACCUUAAAGCAAACAAUGUCUCCAUAAAACGACAUUGGGUUAAUCAACUUGAAACAGCAAGUGGAUAUUGCCUAACCGUCGAAAGGCAAAAUCAAAAGAAGGAAAGUGAUUUAACUCAAGUUGAUGCGAUAUGUGGUACUUUGAGAGUACUAGUAUUUGAGGGUACCUUGCCAGUUGAAUCACAUGUUGGUAAAGAAAAAAAUGUUGUAAAUACAUAUUGUCAGGUACAGUUAAAUAGGCAAGUUUUUAAAACAAAAGUUGUAAAGGAUGACAUAUUUCCUCGUUGGAAUCAGUAUUUAAUGUUUUCGGUCACAACUUUGGAAGAUACAUUAAAAUUGUCGGUAUAUCAGUAUGAUAAAUAUACACAAGAUGAAUAUUUGGGAAAAGCUGAAAUAAAAUUGCGUUUACUUGAGCAUUAUGGAGAUAACGAAACCGAUAAACUUAUUUACCAAUUAAAAGAUGUAGCACCGGGAAAGCCUUUUGGUUCUAUAUCUGUAUUUUUAAGUUAUAAAGCAAUAUAA